AUGGUGCCACGUCAGCGCUUUGGAAGAAAGCAGGCUUUUUUCCAAGCUCUUCCAAAGCAGAUGCAUGCGAAAUUAGAGCGUGGAGGACAGGAAAUGCAGCCUUUCAAGGCAAUUCUAGAAAUUUGGAUGGGUUUUGGAAAAGUUUUAAUCUGUUCUUUUAUUUCGAGUUUGCGAAUGGUUUUGUGUUUAGCCCGUGAUGGGCCAAAAUGUGCUAAAUUUCGAGAGCAUCCUUUUCCUGGGAAAACAGCAUCUGUUCAGCGCAGGGCGCAUCACUAUGAAUUUCUGCACAAAGUGCCCCAAGCAGGGGAGUCUCCACUCUUCGGCAGCAUCCACUAUUUUCUCGGGCUGCAGAAGUUCUAUGCGGACAGGCGCACUUUGUGCAGAAUGCGGCAAUUUUGCUUCACUUCGCAGCAAAAGUGUGCCACCCGCGAAGAAAGAAAGCCCGCAUUUUCUAAAGAAUUUACGACAUUAAGUUUUAAUUCGGGUUAUUCCAGCAAAUAUCUCUGUAAAUAUUAA